GACUUUUAAUCGUAAAACAAAGGACCAUGUAUAUAUGGCCAUAAAUGAACAACUCUCCUUUUAAAUAGAGUACAGUUAGUACUGGCAUAAAUGACUUAAACAUUUUUACAUAAAGCGCUCUCAAAAUGUCCAUAGUGACACACGUUAUUUUUACACAGCAGUCAAUACCGGCAUACAAUAUCAAAACGCUAAAUGCAUCCAGUGCAGUCAAUAUGACAUAAGUGGCCUUUAAUAUUUAUACAUAGAGCUUUGUCAAUAUGGCCAUAAAUGAUACAAACACUCUUUAAACACGGAGUGCGGUCGCUGCAGCCAUAACUUACACACACUGUAUAUACAUAGAGCGCAAUCAAACGACCAUACAUGACCCACACUAUUUCUAAAUAGAGCGCAGUAAUCACGGUAAUAAAUAAGAUAACUCUUUCCAUAUAGAGCGCAGUCAAAACGUCCGAAACUGACAUACAAUCUUUAUAGAUAUAUCUUUAUCGCAGUUGAUAGAGAAAUGAAUGACCAAUACUUUGUAUACAUAUAUCGCAGUCAAUACGACAUUAAUGACCAACACUAUUUAUACAAAGAGCGCAGUAAAUACGAUCAUUAAUGACCCUCACUAUUUAUACAUAGAGCGCAGUAAAUACGACCAUUAAUGACCAACACUAUUUAUACAUAGAGCGCAGUAAAUACGAUCAUUAAUGACCCUCACUAUUAAUACAUAGAGCGCAGUAAAUACGACCAUUAAUGACAAACACUAUUUAUACAUAGAGCGCAGUUGAAACGACCAUAAAUGACCAACAUGCUUCACACAAAGAGCGCAGUUAAUACGACCAUAAAUGACCAACAUUCUUUGUACAUAAUAAAGCGCAGUAAAUACGACCAUAAAUGACCCACACUAUUUAUACAUAGAGCGCAGUAAAUACGACCAUUAAUGUUCAACACUAUACAUAGAGCGCAGCGUAUACGGCGAUUAAUGACCCACACUCUUUUUACAUAGAGCACAAUUUAUACAGUCACAAAGGUCCUAAAGCUUUUUGUAUACAAAGAGUCACAAUAAUACCUGUGCAGUGCAGUGGUGUCAGCCAACAACACGUUCAAGGGAGCCAACAACACGUUCAAGGGGGAUUUCACAUAUGGAAACAGAAUUUAAACAUUGGGACGGUCGAGUGAUAAACCUAACGAAUCACAUUGGUGCGCUUUAAAGAGCAGCUUUUCAAGGAUAGGCAGACCUUGGGAGAGGGGAAAUUAUGUAUAAGAAUGUUGUGUCUGUGAAAAUCUCUUGCGAAUCUUGCCAGUGUGUGCGCGUGAGUCACGUGGUAUCACGCACGAACAAGCGUCUGCGGACGGAGCACUGUGACAUCCGGGCCGCGGAGAGCACGUGCAGGGACAUUGAAGAACGGAUAUCCAGCUUCAUUGCCAACUUGACUAGACCGAAGCGUUUACUGGUGUUUGUGAAUCCUCUGUCAGGGCACAAGAAGAGCGUGAAGAUCUACCGGGCUAAGGUGCUUCCGCUCUUCAACCUCGCGGGCAUACACACCCAAACAAUAGAGACAUCUCGAUGUGGUGAGCCCAUCGACCUCCUCUCCACGUUUGAUCUACGAUUAAUUCACGGGAUCGUCUCUAUCGGCGGCGACGGCAUGUUCUCUGACUGCGUGAACGGCCUGCUCUCUCGCCUACAGACAGACUCAGGCGUCGACAAGAACGACCCUGACGCCGAUAUCACGACGUCCAACAUCCCUGUCGGCAUCAUCCCAACCGGCUCUGGCAACUACUUGGUAAACUACAUCCACGGAACAAAGGACGUGGAGACGGCUACCUUAAAGAUAAUUCUCGGUGACCAUCAUAUGUCCAACGUGGUGAGUUUGCAUCAAGAGCAGAAGUUGAGCCGGUACGCGAGCCUGCUGAUGGGAUUCGGUCUGGUGGGCCGCAUGAUGCACGACUGUGAGAAGUUCCGUUGGCUGGGACCGUCACGAUAUAAUGUCGUUCCGGUAGCUACCCUGACGCAACGGAAGUUGGUGGAUGUCCAUGUAGAAUAUGUGCCAGCAGAAGAAAAAAAGAGCAACCACUCGUUGAUACCUUUGAAGUAUUCCCGGCAGGUGUCUCUGCCCGCGAGUCAUCCGACCAAAAACAGGAAGUUGCUUCCGAGACUAAAUUCAGUGCCCGUAGAACCGCCAGCAUUCAACAAAGCAGAUUGGCGAAAACUUGAUUGCUCUGUGUACGGUGUGGAUACAUACGUGGUGACGCAGAGAGAAAAAGGCGGCUCUCUCGUGCCCAGGUUCGCUGACGGUGCGCUGACGCUGUGGUUGACAGAGCGCUGCAGCCUCCCGGAGCACGUGGAGCAGCUCUCCCGCCUCCAACACGCCAAGGCUGGAUAUCUGGACUUUGACUUCAUUCGGCAAGUUCGCACGACCAGGUAUCGAGUUAAAUUGAAAGAUGCGUCCUCUAAAAACUCAGAAGGCGGGCGCCACCAAAAAAAGAAAUAUUACAUCAACGUGGAUGGCGAGGCAAUAGAACUUCUAACGCACGAAUUCGAAGUGAAGCUCCAUCAUUGUGCCAUGCCAAUAUAUGGCAAAAUAGAUAGUUGAAUUUCUUGCUAUAACGUGUGUCAAAAACAUUAAUUUUCUUGGGCUAGCUGUUAGAUCGGUUAGUCGCACAGAACGUUUUUACGCAACUCGGAUAAGCAUACGCAUCAAUUUGCCAACGGCGCCUGCGUACGUGCCAGAAGGAAGCGACCCCAGCCUGUGCAUGCUGGCAGAUAGGAGGAGGGAAAAGCACACAAUCACGUAUGAUAGCACGUGAUAGUGUAGCUCAUGGAAUUGAGUUCCAGACACAUUCACAGAGUACACUUCAUACCAUAUAUGUCUAGUGUCAACGGCAAUGGGACAAUUCCUCGGGCGGUGUUUUGACAGUUACAACCUGCACAACUAAUCUUGGUGAACAAGUGGUCGUAGUACCAAGCCAAGAGGUUGUACAUAGAACGUGGCAAUCUCUGAUUUCUGAAAACAAGAUAACACAUCUGUACAAAUUAAGUAUACAUGUAGGUUAACCUGUAAAUGGUUUAAGCUUUGUUAUAUUUCCGUUAUGUUACGAUAUAUAUUUCAUCGAUGUUUACAUUGGUGUAUAUGUUAAUUUCAGUUUAUACACUAACUGUCAAAAUAAAACGCUUUACAUAUGUAUUACUCACAUUUAUUGACAAGUACACACUUUGUACUGUGUUCAGUUAACUGCGACGAGUCAUUAAUGUUUAAUGAUGGAACAAUUUUAACUUGCAGUUCGGUUACGAAGACAGAUGGUCUCUGUGAUAUUUAUUUACGUUGUUAUUUAUGCGUUCGUUCAUUCAUAUAUACUUAAAAGUUGCUUAUGUAGAUGGUAUUUGCACAAUGUGUUCUAAGAACAAAAUUUGUUAACAACGUAUUGUAAAUAUACAUAUAUGUGUAUAAAAACAUGUAUGUAAAUUGUUUACAACGUUAAGUGAAAUCGUUUUCAUAUAAAAAGUAUCAUAUUGUACACAUAUUUGUUUACCAAUGUUGUUAUUUAUUUGAUUAAUUUGAGAAAUAAAACAUAAGAAAUC